AUGAAGAACCAAAAGGAAAACUACUCAGAACCGAGUCUGGUUAAGGAUACCAGGAGACAGCAUAUGAGAGAUUCACCAUCAGCUCGAGAGAAGCUCAUUGUUGUGAUCCUGGGAAUCAUCUGUUUUGUCUUGAUGUAUACGAUAGUGAGAGUGGUAACUUUUAUUCCACGUACCCAAAUAUCAGAACAGAAUAAGUCCUCUCUGGUAACAAAGCUCCAUAAAGAAUUUCAUUGUGGUUGUUGUCCAAAGGAGUGGUUUACAUAUUCCAACAAUUGUUAUUCUAUUAGUUUGGAAAAAGAAACAUUGAAUGGGAGUUUGAUGUCCUGCACUACUAAGAAUUCUACUCUGCUUUACAUAGAUAGUGAAGAGGAAAUGAAAUUUCUGACGUCCCUGCCAACUAUAUCAUGGAUUCCAGUCUUUCGUGAAGGUCGUGGUCAUGCAUGGAAGUGGCGAAAUGGUUCAAUUUUCAAACUAAAGAUAACAGACCAUACACCUGGUGAACGUAACUGUGCUAUACUAUCCUCGAGGGGCAUAAAAGCAGAAAGCUGUCAGAUUCCAAACACAUAUAAUUGCAAGCAUAAGCUUGAGAAUUAA